ACAUCGUAAAUCAUCCUUCAAAAUCUAGAAAAGUCAAAAAAUAGUUUUUACUUCCUAAAUUCCAUGAUAUCAGCUACUAAGAAUCUAAUGUAGUCGCCACUGAGGCCGACAUAUGAACCUGUUACGACUCGUUCAUCCCGAUGGGAAGAAACAAAAAGAGUCUGAAACUUUCAAGAAGCUGCGAGAAGAAUGUAAAGAACAAACAGGAAAAUGCGAAGUGAAAUUUUCGAAGGAAGAAUUGAAAGAGAGGCUAACGCCAUUACAGUACAGGGUUACUCAAGAGAAAGGAACAGAGAGGCCAUGGUCGGGGAAAUAUGUCCGCAUGACGGACUACGGUGUAUUUCAGUGCAUAGUUUGUAGCGAGCAUUUGUUCCACUCGGAUGAAAAGUUCACCUGCAGUUCUGGUUGGCCCUCAUUCAGUGAUGUCAUAGAACGUGGGAAAGUGUCGCUUAGUGACGACACAACAAAUGGCAUGGUUCGUAUCGAGGCCAAAUGUGCUAAAUGUGGGGCCCACCUUGGUCAUGUCUUUGAUGACGGGAAAAAAGGUGGGAAUAUUUUGAUCUUUAUUAAGGUGGGCAUAUUUUUCAUGAUUAGGGCAGGCAUCAUUAAGGAGGACAUAGUUUGUACAUUAUUUAGAUUGGCAUACUGUGCAUACAUUAUUAGUUGGAUUUUAAAUUUUACUAUGUCGACAGCAAACACGACGUUAUCUAGUUUAUGGAUAGAAGAUGGUCAAACAAGUCCCAUGAAAAAAUUUGCAGUUGGAGCCUCAGGGAAGCCUUCAGAAGUGAAACAAGACUUACUCAAAUUCUACCAUGAAUCACAUACUCAGAAUCAACAGGCAGGUAUCUUAGACUCAGGAGGGCAACUAACAGAGAAUCAACAACCAAGACAAGGUCAAGGUGUGAUGAUUCCCGUCCAAAUUGCAUCCCCGGUGAAGUCAUCGCCUUUUAAGGAACAAGCACAGAUCCUGCCCAAAUACGACGGAUCUCCUAUGAUACUUGGCACCCCUCAGAGAGCAGGAGGUGGACUGAACCAACAUGUUGUAAGCAGUCCUCGUACCCCUCAGUAUAUCCAAGUAGAAUCUCCCGGAGGGUGGCCAGGACAGCGGAAAAGAACAUCAGAGUUCCUAGAUGCCGAUUUCUUCGCAGAAUUAAAAAAGGGCAAGAAAGGAGAAAAGGGUGGCAAAGGCCUUCGUCAUUUCUCGAUGAAAGUGUGCGAAAAGGUCCAAAAGAAAGGUGUGACGUCAUAUAAUGAAGUUGCAGAUGAACUCGUACAUGAAUUCUCAGACCCAAGGAAUAUAUCGCCAACUGACCAGGCAUAUGACCAGAAGAAUAUUAGGAGGAGAGUAUACGAUGCUCUAAAUGUUCUUAUGGCCAUGAACAUAAUCUCUAAAGAAAAAAAGGAAAUUAGGUGGAUAGGUCUGCCUACAAACUCAGCUCAGGAGUGUCAAAACCUAGAGUUAGAGAAACAACGGCGGAUUGAUCGUAUUAACCACAAAACUCAACAAUUACAGGAAUUAAUAUUACAACAAAUAGCAUUUAAGAACCUAGUAGAGCGCAAUAAAGCUCUAGAACGGACCCAAGGUCCACCAACCCCCAACUCAGCCAUCCAACUACCAUUUAUCAUUGUCAACACCAGCAAGAAAACAGUUAUUGACUGCAGUAUAUCAAAUGACAAAUAUGAAUAUUUAUUCAACUUUGACAAUACCUUUGAGAUCCAUGAUGAUAUAGAGGUUCUCAAGCGUAUGGGAAUGGCCUUCCAGCUAGAGAAAGGCCAGUCCACCGAUCAUGAUUUAAAAAAAGCCAUCAAGAUGGUACCCAAGUCACUGGAGCCUUACGUAUAUGCAAUGGCAAAUGUAGCGCCAGGUAGCAGUUCUAGUUCUUCAGUAGCUGGGCCUAGUGGUAUCCACACCUUAAACCCAACUAUAUCUAUAGGGCAAACACAAAGUUUGACAUCAAUGGGAGGAUCGCUCUCUUCAACUCAGGAUUCUACUGAUGCCGAAGUUGCAUUGACGGUUGCUGGAUCACAUGAUAUGUCACAUGACCUCACAAUGGCAGACAUGAUGUCUGUGUCACGUCAAUCUAGCGUCGGCUCAUUUUCCCGAUCAGAAACUCCACUUGAUAAUUAUAGUGAUGACGAUUCGGAGCGAUCAUCCCCCGUGGAGAUUAACUGAUUCUGAUUGGUUAAAAAUAGCAGAUUCCGAUUGGUUCUCCUGAGCUGGUAUAUCAGGUUCAUAAAUUCGCAGAUUAAAAUCUGAAUUUAGACUUGUCGUAUGUUAUGGAAGGUAUACUACUACUGUAUAUAUAUUUUUGAGAGAAGCGCUAGAAUAUUUCCAGCCGAAAGUGAGUGAAUUGUGGAGUAGAUUUUAUGCAAGAUUGAAGCGGGACACAAAUGUUGCAUGCUUGGUGAUGAAGUAAAUUGACAUUCAGGAAAUGGUGUCAUGUUACAUUGAUGUCAUGUCACUUUGAUGUCAUGCUACAAUUUCACUAUCAUGUGAAGUUGAAUAAUUCCAACUACUGAAUCUUCAGAAUCAUGAUCAGGUGUGGAGCACCCCUUUAUUUACCAGUUAGACUCUUCCACUUUGCAUAGAAGAGGCAGGGGAGAUUUAAUUGAAGGUUUGUCAGCAGUUGUGUCACAGUUUUUGAGGAAUUAUGAUAAAUCAGGGAGAGUUCAUUUUUAAAAAUGAAUAUGAAUAUUUGCAUGGAUUACUAUAUCAAAUAACCAAAUAUUUCAACAACAAAAAUUGUUAAUCAGCAUUUUGCAAAAACAAAAGUCUAAAUUAGAGAAUAUUGUAAAGUUCUUAAAACAGGAAAAGAUGCAACAUUAUUAUGACAUAUCACUGCAUUGAAACAAUUCCAUGCUUUUGGGUAAGUUGAAACAUAUUAGCUUGUCCUGAGUCCUCACUGGAUCUAAUAACAUUGAAGUCAAUGGGACUGAAAAUGUGUUUACAUUGAGGUGUUUACAUUCUAAAGGUGUUCAUAUGUUAAAGUUUUACUCAACUAUGGAUAACUAAUUUUGUUGAAUUAAUUGAAAGAACAUGGUGUUGUUUUAAAGUUGUUGACUCAAUGGUGCAUUGGACCGUAACACUGUUAUUUUGGUACUUUUUUAAUUUGGUAAAUCUCAUUUAAAAGCACUUGUCUGGUUUUUGAUCAUUGUAAUUGUUGCUAAGGUGACCAAUGUAAUUAGUUACACCUUAGAAGUCCCAAUUUUAACAAAAAAUUAGUUUCGCUACAUUAAAAUAUGUGUCAAAAUGACCCUGUUUACAGUCUUUAACAAUGAUAAAAUGGGAACAUGUCAAAAGAGUUCAAAUGAGUAGAGUAAGCCAAAAGAGUUCAAAUGAAUGGAAGAUAUUACUAGAUGCUCAGUGUUAUGAAGUAACAACUAUCUGAUCUCCAUGUGUGUAUCUGGAAAGGAAUAUUUAGUAUUUUGGAAUUUAAAAUGUAUUUUUUUCUAGCUUUAAUUUUUCUUGUGUAUAUUACAUGUGUACAUGUACUUUAAGUGCUGCAGUUUCUCAACUGUAUAUUUUUCACAGAUCUUUUUGAACGAGGUCACAAGAAUUGUAAAUUUGAGCAGGUUGAGAUUUUAGUUUUGAGAAAAUGAUAAUGCACGCAUAGAAAAAU